CCCGGCGAUGAGGCGGAGGGAACGCCUUUUUCCUCCCGUCGGCCUGUAGAGGCAGCCGCUUCCCCCGAGCCGAGGGCGGUGCCAAGUUAGAAGCCAACUGACUUUUUUCGGCACUCGAAGUCGUCCGAAUCUCCCCGGUGUGCCUUCUCCUCCCUUUUAUACGCCCAUCUCCGUUUCCAAAAGGUGGCUGGGGAGGUUCCGGGAAAGGCGGAAGAAAGAACUUGGCGAGCGGGCAUCCGAGCCAAAGAAGGGCAGGCUUCCCACGCCGGUUCAUCCAGGUCAGCAUUAUGACUGAUGGGGACUAUGACUAUUUGAUCAAACUCCUGGCCCUCGGGGAUUCUGGGGUUGGAAAGACCACUUUGCUGUAUAGAUACACAGACAACAAGUUCAACCCAAAGUUCAUCACAACAGUAGGCAUCGACUUUCGAGAAAAGCGUGUGGUGUACAACAGCCAGGGGUCAAGUGGUUCUUCUGGAAAAGCCUUUAAGGUCCAUCUGCAGCUAUGGGACACAGCUGGGCAAGAGAGAUUCAGAAGUCUCACCACAGCAUUUUUCAGAGAUGCCAUGGGCUUCUUGCUAAUGUUUGAUCUCACCAGUCAACAGAGCUUCUUAAAUGUCAGAAACUGGAUGAGUCAGUUGCAAGCAAAUGCUUAUUGCGAGAACCCUGACAUAGUAUUAAUUGGAAAUAAAGCUGACCUAUCAGAUCAGAGGGAGGUCAAUGAAAGACAAGCAAAAGAACUUGCAGACAAAUACGGCAUUCCAUACUUUGAAACAAGUGCAGCGACUGGCCAAAAUGUGGACAAAGCUGUGGAGACACUCUUGGACUUAAUAAUGAAACGAAUGGAACAGUGUGUUGACAAGUCUCAGCUCUCUGACACAGCCAAUGGUGGAAGUUCAGGAAAACUGGUGUCAUCCAAAUCUGAAGAGAAGAAAUGUGCUUGUUGACUUGGCCAUUCAGGUUGAAGGAAAGGAAUGAGAAGUCAGAAAGUAAGAGAAUGACCAAAUGCUAAAUUCAACCUGGAACUCCACGGACCAAAUGAGACUGCAAGCCUGAUUUUGUUUUUCAAUGCUGAGAAAUCAUGCUUCUGCAUUCAAACAGGUGUUAACCAUCUUCAUAGAAAAUCCAGAGGCUCUUUUCUCCUUCAUACAAUAGGGGAGUAAAUAGAGAAAAUAUCUGCUUUGGGGAGAGGAUAAUUGAAAUGUUAGGAGACACCUUUACAAUAAAACAAAGGGUUGUCUUUGUUGGCCUGGGCCAUCAUUUUUCAUCUCUUUGCCUUCUAUUAUGAUGGACAUUGUAUGUUUGCUAAACAGAUGAUGAAAAAACACCCCAAAGAAUAUAUUGUGUGGCUCACUGUAAGCAUCUUUAUGUUUUUGAAUACCAAAAAGUUAAUUGUUGUUUCAUUCAGUUGGCUAUUCUCAUAAGGCAAGAUCUGAUUAAAACUGCAAUGUAGUCAUUAGGUGGCAUUGGAGGUUGGUGGACUGUAGAAAGAAGAUGUCCAUAAAACAUAGCACAGUGUUGGAAAAGGUAAAAACCACGAGGUUUGCUCAAAGUUGAAAAGUGCUAUCUGCCUUGAAAUACUUGGCCAAGUAUUUCAUUGAUGACUCAGAGUGAUAUUCCAAUGGAAUCCCCUUUCAUUACAAGAUAGUAUGUAUUUAUUGAGUUCCAUAUGGAUGCAGUUAACAUUUCUUAUUUGUUCUAAUGUUCUAAUUAACACAUAUUGUAUAUACACACAAGAUUAUUUGUGCUUUUACUUUACGAGCAGAGCACCUCCUAAACAUGAAGCUAUGUUCAGCGUUGAUCUGGAAUAUUAGCUGUCCAAAGCAAGGUCUUGAUUCAAUAUAUAAUGCCUUUCUUUUAUUUCCACCACUUAAAAUGAGAAAAGCAGGAACAGGAACAAAGAAGAGGAAAUUCCAGUACUAAUCUUGUUACAGUAGACGUACCGUUAAGUCAGUGUUUCUCAACCUUGACAAUUUUAAGGCAUGUGGACUUCAACUCCCAGAAUUCCACAGCCAGCAAUGCUGGCUGGGGAAUUCUGGGAGUUGACGUCCACAUGCCUUAAAAUUGUCAAGGUUGAGAAACACUGCGUUAAGGAUGUGUACACUUUAGAGCCAAGCACGAUAGGAUGAUGGUAUGAUGAUGAUGAUGAUGAUGAUGAUGAUGAGCCAAAUGCAUGUAUUUACAACAAAAACAGACAUUGUCUUUCUACUCUGCACCAUCUCUCUGUGAUGCCAUUCUGGUUUAAAAGGUCUGUUUUUGCAACUCAGCCGCUCCAAAAUUGUCUGCGAUUCCCUGCCACCAUUUUCUAAGCUAGAGAGUAUAUUUCACCAGGUUCUUCAGGUUACCAACCCAAAGCAAAAGAGUUGUUUCUAAUAUUUAUCACAAGGCUCUUCAUCAGUCUCUCAGUAAUUAAACAUAUAUUUCAGUUUGCAAAAUGUGAACACAUUUCUCAGAAAGAAUAUAUUCUUGGUGAUAUCUUGAUUUUUAUUUUUAUUCCAAUACGGUAAUACCUUCAGUACACUUUUAGAUGUUUACUGCUUUUUGUAAGUCUGCAGAACUCAUUUUCAGAAAUGGGAAAUUACAAAAUCCCAAAGGUGUCUUCACUUUUUGCUAGUGUUAAUUGCUCAGCACUUAUAUUGGGAAAUACUAAUUUUUUUUUUUUUCCUAUGAAAUCUGGAGUGUAUUUACUUGGUUUCAGAAUGCUAUGCUGGAAAUCAAGGGCUGGGGAAUACACUUAAGCAGUGUUUCCCAACCUUGGCAACUGUAAGACCGGUGAACUUCAACUUCCAGAAUUCCUUAACAAGUAUUUAAAUUAACAAUUGUUAAAUACUGACUGGGGAAUUUUGGGAGUUGAAGUGCACCCAUGUUAAAGUUACCAAGGUUGAGAAUCACUGCACUUAACUAAGUGUAAAAGAAUAAGAGAUUCUUUGUGCAUUAAAGUAUAUCUCCUUUUCUAUAUGGCCUUGCACUGUGAGGAAUAUUUCAUCUCUUUUUCCUGCAUUUCUGCCAUUUUAUAACUUUUAGCUUUCCAAUGGAAGAAGAGACUGGACCUAUAUAUCCUUAAUACUCCCAGCUGUUAUUACCUACUCAGUGCUGUCUGUUGCAUAGCAGUAAACAGAAUUAUCUGGUGCAAAAUUUGGGCAUAUGGUUGAUCUACUGAGGAAUCCCAGCUGACUUAGUGAAAGUUGCCAUUCAGAACUUUUCUUACAUUUAGUUUGACAGUUUUGGAUCUUCUGGUAUUAUAAAUCCGAUCUAGAGGGACCAAUAUAUUACAGUUGUAUUCCAAUCUCUCAUACUACCAUACGUAUAUUUUGUUGCUUACUAACUGGAGUAGCAACUUAAAAACUUGAAGCCACUCCUAAGGCACAAUUAUUCUUGGGCAUCAAUUUGUUUCAAUCAUGCUGGGUUAUCUACUAGCAUUCCUAUUAGUUCUGCCCAUGCCUCUUGUCUCAGCAUAAAUACCCACGAGUGAAUGUUUUAUGCAUGCAUGUUAAACUUUGAUAUUGUAUACACAAAAUAUUCCCCAGCAUUAAGUAAGGCAAAAUAGCUGUUGGUUUUGUAGCUUUCAUUAUGCACACCUAAACUCCUGCAUGCCUAAAAUGUAGAUGUUUAUAGGGAACAUUUAUCAGCACAGUGUUUAAUCCACAAGAACACUUGCUUUGAUUUCCCAGAUUGGCAUUAUAUCAUCUUAUUAAUAGCCUUUGAAACUGGCUUGAUGCAACUAAAAACUUGCCAAGAUGGCAAUACUGGAAUCCAUCUUGCAUUUUCAAUAUAAACUCAAAAUAAAUUCCAUAUCACAUCAAUAAUUCUUUCAUUAUCUUUUCUUUUAUGGCCCUAUUUCAUCAAGGAGAUCAGGAUAUGUAUGACUGAUAUCAAAUAUAUUGAUGUAGGUUAUGUUGCCAUUAUAGUUCAUAAUUAGCAUCUCGCCAAAAUAAUCCUACAUAUAAUUGAAUAUUUGAUUAAAGUUCACCUGCAGUUCAUUGAUGAAUAAUUGUAAUGGCAAUAUGUUGUGCUAAUUUUCCCAGGCUUCCUUUUGAUCCUUUUGAGACAUGGUAUGAAAUUCCCUUUUCUGACUUGGUUUCAUGAAUAUUUGAAUCAAAAUAUUGGAUGUGUUUGUAUGAUUGAUAGACCCAUGGUUUUUCAUUUCGUAUAUAUACCCCUUUAUCCAAAAGUAUUCAGCUGUAAUGAGCCAAGUUCUCAAGUGCUUCUGUUGUGCUUCUGACCAUCUACAGAGAUAGUCCAAGCACACUAAGCCAACCCAUGUUUUCAUAAACCAUAUAUAAUUGUUGAGGGAAAGAAACUAGAGAACUGCUAGUUCCAUGUAACCAUUUUUGCCUGCUUUUAUUGACAACCAUUGGCAUUAGAUUACAGCAGCAAAAACUGCACACCAGCUUGAUUUCUGUGAAAGGAUCUUUGUUUGCUUAGUUAAAGCCUCUGAAGAGCAAAGCUGUUGCCUGAUGAAAUGCACAUGAUGUCCCUAAUAAUUACUGUCUAUGGGAUAAAUCAAUAUAUUUUAAGAGAAGAUUGUUGUCCCUGUCACUGAAAAUAUGUUCCUAUACUUGCCCAGCAGCCUUUUAACAAAGUCUUUUACCAAGAUUUACAGUGUUCAAACUAGUCAUUUUGCGGCUGUUUUGUUAUGAAAAUCUACCUUCCCCAAUACAAUACGUGUUCUGUAGUCUGGUAUUACAUGAAGUGACCACUGAAACUAUUCGGCCUUGUUGGUUUCUUUCUCCAGUCAAACUGAGGCAAAGUUGGAUAGUGUCCCUCAUGGUCAACUUUCUAGAUAUGCUGUUGAAGCUCAAUGUUAGUAAUCGGGAGGAGUUUGAAUACCAUUGAUUAACUUGGCUCUCCUCCGACAAUAUCCUCAAGGCUUGUAAGGAAUUCUGUCACGUUUUCCUUUCCCUAAAAAAAAUGCAUGAUAGCAGCUCUUCUAAAGGCCAACUGCAUCAUAAUCUGAGUCACGUGGUUAUGGCUUGCUACAAAGGGGAUUAAUUGGGGAGGGGGAGAAAAGUUAUCACAAACUUACAAUCAUACGAUAUUCUCAGAAGGGGUGAAGUCCUGCAGUCUGGUUAAAUAUUUAGUUGUACUUAUCAAUAAUCCCCCUCAACUCAUACCAUUUAGCAUAAAUUCAUUAUGGGAUAUUUCUUAAGAAACAUGGACCCAUCUUCUUCUUACACUUAAAAAGGUCUUGCUUGCAGCUCUUCUAAACUUGAUUCCACCUCAACUUUUAAAUCAAGAGGUUUCUUGAAUCUUAAAUCUUUUCCAACUGCCAUUGCUCUACCCCCACGGUGGGAUUUUCAGUGUACAUAUCUGUAUAAUUCAAGGUACUUUAUGUGUUUCUCACGAAUAUAUUUAUUGAAAUUAUUCUUUUCAGAUUUUGAUUCAACACUAAGAGCCUCCUGACUGAUCAGUUGCUUUUUUCCCCCUUUGCUUUGUUUUGCUUUUAGUGUGUCCUUAAGUUAGAUAACUCUGAGCAUGUUUUCUGUUGGUCUUUGAGAUGGUUCUGUAGAAAUUAAAGAUUUACAUUCUUUGAGCUAAGUGUUUGAAUUAUCUCUCUCUGGAUGGACUGCACUGCCAGCAUAGCAACUCAGUCAUUAACCGUGUUGUAUUACUACUAUUAUGCUGUUGCUUUUCAAUGAUAUAUAAAUAUGUAUUUAUAUGUGUGAGUGUGUGAGUGAGUACGCACAUAUACAUACAUACAUACUAUCAGACCGUAGCCAUUGGUGGCUGGGUUUAUACAAUAUGGCUAAGGAAUGUAAUUCUGUAGUUUCGUUUCUGCACUGUUCUUUUGAAAUUAAAAACUAUUCAUUUUUAAAGCA